GACCUUUGAGGUCUGAGAAGCUAAUCUGAGGGCUGUUCCCCUGGGUCCUAGAGCUGGAAGAAGAUUUAGAGAUCUUUGAGUGUUUCUUAACUUCUUGAUAUUGUGGUCAUGGACCUUUUAGGGAAAACCUAUGGACCCAUUUUCAGAAUAAUCUUCUUAAAUGCAUAAGAUAAAAUUCAUAGAAUUACAAAGGAUAAUUUAAAAGCACACUGAAAUAUAAUAACUAUUAUAUAUUCUCCCCUAUAGGGGAGAAACUGGUGAUCACAGUAUCAGGAAGAGUGGAUUUGGAUAGAAGUUAGGUUAUUUUGAGAUGUAGUCCAUCCAGACAGUUGUAGAGGCUUGAGAGUGGUCCCUGCUCCUCUGGAAAGCCCACCUUUCUAAUGUUCAGAACCUUUUCAUUGGCCAUAUUUUAGCCAGUCUCCAGGUCAGGCUCUCUCUGGACACGGCUCUGCUUUAAGAAGCCUGUGUGACAUCAUGGGCUGCCUUCUCUGUUAGCAACUGGGCAGGCUCAGUGAACCUGACCAUGAAUCAACUCUCAUUUUGGCGGGCAAUUGAGAUAUAAAAGAGAGCCGAUCGUUCCAGCUGACAGAAUCAUUGAUUCUACUCUAAGGCAGCCCUGAGGAAGAGUCUGAAGGUGAAGGUCUUCUUUCUUCUAGGUUUUUAGGACAGCACUAUUAGUUCUUGAUCUGAGUGAUACUUCUCGGUAUACGUUGCUGAAUCUUCAGUUAGUAUAUACCCAUUAAAGGUGACCACAGUUUGACUAUUUCUCCUAAAGAAAGAACAUGAAUAUACUUGAUCAUUUGAGUCUGGAACCAUCAUCUGCAGACCUGGUUAUUAAUGUAGGAAAAGUCACCCUUGGUGAAAAAAACAGGGAAAAGUUGGCAGCAUCUCAGAGGGAGCAAGAAAGAAAUAAAAUCGCCAUAGCUGCAUGUUCUUUGUUGAACUCCGGAGGAGGAGUGAUCUGCAUGGAAAUGGCUGACAAACAUUACUUUUCAAAAAACAUGGAGAUAGGCCAGGAUUUAGAAAAGUGCCUAGGGAACUUUGUUGAUCCUUUUCCUUUUCAAAAUUAUUUUUCAACACUGUCACAAGGGGAAUAUUAUUUCAUUUUUGUUAAAUCUUGGGGCAAUAGAGAUUCCCUUGAGCAUAGCUCUAUCAUACCCCGCAUUUGCAGUCAGAAUGUGAAUCUGUAUGAAAGAAGUGGCACUAGGACUUUAAAUAUGAGUCCAAGCAUGGUUUCCAACUUUUUGAAAAAUAAAAAAAGAGAGAGAGCUGUGAAAAGAGCAGAAAAUUCACCCCCUAAGAAAGUAUUAAAGGUUGUGAAUCUUGACCUUGAGGAGAAUGAUCCUGUUGCUUUAGUGUUCCAAAAAGACUCCCUUGAGAGAGAGGAAGUGUUACCAUUUUCUGAAUCGAUGCUUGUAGAGUUUAAACAGUUUUCAACCAAAAACAUUAUCAAGUAUAUAAAAGAAACAAUAUCAAAAUAUAUCCCAGCAUUUGCCAAUACAGAAGGAGGCUACCUCUUUAUUGGUGUGGAGGAUAGUACCUGGAAAGUUAAGGGAGGCUGCAAAAAAAUUGUAAAACCUGACGUGUUGAGAAAAGUAAUAGAAAAGAAGAUAGAUGACUUGCCUGUUGAACAUUUCUGCAGCCAUAGGUAUCCAAUAAAAUAUAAGAUCAAGUUUCUGGAAGUGUAUGACCAGGGAGAACUCUAUGGUUAUGUCUCUGUAGUCAGAGUAGAACCAUUUUGUUGUGUAGUAUUCUCAGAAGAGCCCGUUUCAUGGUUUGUGAAGGAUAGGCAUAUAAACAGAUUAUCAACCAAGGAAUGGAUGGACAUGAUGUUGGGUGCUGACUCAGAUCUCUCACUUCUAAGUGAAAACUUUGACUCUCAAUUGAGCUUGAACAAUUGCCCUCCACUCAACAGACCAGUUUAUUGCAAGAAGAACUUGAAACACAAAGAGGCACUUCAGGAACGUUUGUUCCCAGUAUCACCAGGAGAGAUAAAAUACAAUCCAGAUUCCCUCUGCCAGGAACUGUUUUCAGAACAUGAAGGACUGGAAGAGUUAAUGAAAGAACAAAUGUGCAAGGAAGAGUGUUCCCAAGGAGUACUGAUAUUUUCUAGAAGCUGGGCGGUUGAUGUUGGCUUACAGAAGAAUCAGAAGGUCCUUUGUGAUGCUCUUCUAAUAGCUGCUAAUAGUUUCCCAGUGCUGUAUACAGUCCUCAGGGAGCCAUUUCCUUAUGGAGAAGAUUAUUCCAGCUGUACUGCUUUUACACUAAAGCAAAAGUUGGUGAACACUGGUGGUUACACUGAAAGAUUAUGUAUUAUUCCUAGGGUUCUGGUCCUGAACUCUGGAAGGGACUCUGAGAUCCCUAGGAGCCCAGGUCAGCCCAUUCUUUAUCCUUCAUUAUACAAAGUGACUAAGCAGGAAAUUACAAACCUGUUACAGUCGCUGGUGAUUGUCUUGCUCAGCUUCCGGUCCUUUUUAAGUGACCUGGUUGGCCAUGAGGUUCUAAACUUACUCACAAUUGAACAGUAUAAUGUGGUUUCAAAGAACCUUCACAAGAGUCCAAAAUUGUUUGUCCACGGCUUCCCUGGAACAGGAAAGACAGUUAUCGCCAUGAAGAUGAUAGAGAAAAUAAAAAAUGAGUUCAGCUGUGAGAAAGAAGAGAUCCUUUAUAUCUGUGAAAAUCAACCCCUAAUGAAUUUCAUGAGAAAGAAAGAUAUCUGUAAUGCUGUGACUCGAAAACGUUUCAUGUUAUCAACUUUCAAGGAAGUUAAGCACAUUAUCAUUGAUGAAGCUCAGAAUUUCCGAGAGGAAAAUGGUUCCUGGUAUGACAAGGCCCAGGAGAUCACUCAGAAAAAUGGGGUUUCCCAGGGGAUUCUCUGGAUCUUCUUGGAUUAUUAUCAGACUAGUCAUGCAGAUAACAGUGGCCUUCCGUCUUUUCAGUACCCUCAAGAAUGGCUUACCAAAUUUGUCCGCAAUGCAGAUCCUAUAGCAGACUUUAUUAAACAAAAUAUGGAAACGAUCAAAACACAUCUUCCAAUUAACAUCCCCUCAGGAUCUUUGAGGAUGCUGGAUAAAGCUUGUUGGUCUUCAGGAGUUCCAGGUGUCUGUGAAAUUAGGAAGAACUUAACAAGGCAGCAGAUUGUGGCCCGUGUAGCAGAAGAAUGCAAAAAACUGUUCCAAAUGGGUUAUUCUUCCAAAAAUAUUGCUAUUCUGGUCAGCACAUUGAAGGACAUAGAAGAUUAUGAAAAACUAUUAAAUCAAGCCACUAAGAAAAUCAGGGGACUCAAGAUCUGUUUUAAUUCCGAGGAAAGCAAUUGUAUUGUCCUUGACAGCAUUAGGCGCUUUUCAGGGCUGGAAAGGAAUAUCGUGUUUGGGCUCAAUCCUCAAACAGAAGUUUUGGAUGUUUCAUACAAUCUUUUGGUCUGUUUGGCAUCGAGAGCACUCACACACCUCUAUAUCCUAUAUGAGGGGAAUGGAAUGGUGAAAUUUUGAAUUCUUCAGUAAGAAGUUCAAAUGGAGCUCAGCCCCCCCAUCAUUUCAUUAUAAACAGGAGCAUACAAACAUCAAGCUUGAGUAAAAGAAAAGGAAGUAAAAUAAAGAAUGUUCAUAAGAAAAUCACUUCUCUGCUGAUAAGAAAUCAAACUAUAGUUUUAGUCAUUGGCUCUUUCUUAGAACUCUCCCGGAGCAGUCUUCUAUGGUUCUGAAUCCAAAAUUACUUUGGAAAAAAACAAAACACUAAAAAUCUGAUUUCUAUUUGUAGAACAAAUCAACGGUUUCUAACUUGAGCUCUGAACUUUUGAAUUCCUGAAAUUGCAUGCUUGAGGUUCCCCAAGAGACCAACUGGGAAGAGGGCAGACUUUCUGGCACAUGCUGAAGUGAAGAAUUUUUGUUUAAAAGACAAAAGAUAUAAAGAGAAGAAAUAUAAGUUUAGGAAAACUAAUCAAAAGAAUAUAAUGCAAUACAAUGUUCCAAUUCUAAUUGUAUAUCUGGGAAUACACAGUUUGUUUGGCUACUCCCCAAUCCAUGAGCAUCUAUUUUGUUGCCAAUUAUUUGCAACCACACACAAAAAAUGCUAUCAUGAAUUUUAGCAAAUAAGAGACUUUUUGUCAGUUACUUACUUAGGGGUAUAGGAUAAGCAUAGAAUCUCUGGGUCAAACAAAUUUAUUUUUAAAAGAUUAGUAAGCAUUUAUUCUCUUUUCCUUCAACCCCACAACCAAAAACAAACAAACAAAAGACAAAGCCAAUCUUUGCAAAAAGAAAUAUAAUCAAACAAAACAAAUUUAAUUUUGCAUUGGCAAGAUCAAAAACCAAAUGUCUCAUUUUGCAUCUUCAAUCACCACCUCUUUGUAAUGAGAUGUGUAGUAUGCUUUGUCAUCAAUGUUCUGUAAUCAUACUUGGUUGUUGUGUUGAUUAGACUUCUCAAGUCUUUCAGAAUUUUUUUUCUUUAAAAAACUGUUAUUGUUUAGAUGUUCUCCUGGUUCUACUCAUUUCCCUCUGUUAUAGUACAAUCAUACAAGUCUUCCUAGGUUUCUCUGAAACCAUGCUUUCCAUAAUUUUAUGUAGUGCAAUAGUAUUCCAUUAUAUUUAUGUAUCAUUUAUAUACACACUUUUGAACUCACUUUCUAUUUCUUUGCCAUUAAAAAGAGAACUGCUAAAAAAUAAAAUAAAAAUAAAAAUAA